AUGGCAGUUUUGCAUCGUGCAUUAUUUACGUGGUUCAAUCUUUUGAUCUUUCUAAUUCUACUUGUCUUAAGACUCGAUCAGAGGAUACAAUGGAAUUGGUUUAUAGUUUUUAUUCCAAUGUGGUUAUACGAUCAUAUGCUUUUAGUUUAUAUUGUUUUUAAUAUGAUUUCUCAUUGUAAAAAUGAACUUUUUCUUAAUUUACGCCGGAAAACAUGGUACAUGACAGCCGUAUGCAUGAAGCUAAGCACCCAAAUUUUAAUAUGUUUGAAAUUAGAAGCACCUCAUUGGUUUUUACCUGCAAAGGUGGUUUUGGCACCAUUUUGGAUUCUUCUUCCAGCAUUGGCAGUUGAUGUUUUUGUACAUCUAAUACAUGCUUAUCGGUAUUAA